UCCAGGUUCUGUGCUAAUGUACGCUACAGAAACACAACCUUUUUUAGCAAUCAGUAAAAGUUCACAUGGCUCAGGAGAAGACAUCUCUGCAGCAACAUACAGUUUGGAAGAAGAUGAACAUCUGUUGGUAAUUUCAGCUCCAGGAAAAACUUCACGAGGGAAUCGAGGAUCAGAGAAACGAUCCCUGAUAUUUCCACCCAAUCACAGUGAACCUCACUCUGAUUCACCAUGGAUUCAGACUCCUCCUCCCUUAAUCUGAGCACAGUGAGCGAUCCAACGUCCCUCAAUGACGUCUCGAACCAGUCGUGCGAUUAUCUCUCGCUUUCCACCCUUCACUACCAGAAGACCCUCAUUCCUGUUAUUUACUUUCUAAUCUUCAUCCUGGGUUUUCUUGGGAACACGCUAGCAGUGUGUGUGCUAGGUCAGAAGUCGCUGAGGUGCACUGUUGCUAACACGUACCUGUUGAACCUGGCCCUGUCCGACCUCGUCUUUCUUAUCGGCCUUCCGUUCUGGGCGGUGCAUUACCUCCGAGAUUACGACUGGCCAUUUGGUUGGUUCAUGUGCAAGCUGUGCAGCUCUUUGACCUCACUAAACACCUAUGCUAGCAUCUACUUCAUCAUGGGAAUGAGCAUCGAUCGGUAUCGCGUCAUCGUCUACCCUCUGCAGUCACACUGCACCGAGACUGUGUAUCACGCCAGGACCGUGUUUCAUGCCAGGUGUGUGUGUGCCGUGAUCUGGGUCCUAGCGACUCUCACCACCAUUCCGGCACUUGUUUUCCGGGAAACACAUUACUCUACCGAGUAUAAUAUCACAGCCUGUGCGAUGAAUUACCCGAACAUGCACUGGCACGGGAUGCUAACGCUUGCUAAAAACACCUUUGGCUUUCUGAUCCCUUUUAUAGUCAUAGCAACAUGCUACAGCCGAAUCAGGUGUCACCUGCUAGCCUCCCCGGAGCUGGUGGAACCUGAUCCAUCACGUCUAGAGCGUGUUCGCCGCGUUGCAUUUGCCAUAGUUAUGGCGUUCUUCCUCUGCUGGUUCCCAUUUCACACGCUGUCCUUCAUGGGCGUGUUGCAGGAGCUCGGCGUGAUCUGGAGCUGUAAAGUUCAGCAGGUGAUGAGCAUCGUGUUCGCGCCGGCGCUCUGCCUCGGCUUCGCCAACUCCGCCAUCAACCCGCUGCUCUAUUGUUUUGUGGGGAACCGAUUUCGGCAGCAGCUGCGCCGCCUCUGGGAGGCAAAAAUGCAAAAGAUCGGAAAGCAGAGGAGUGACUCUGUGAGCAUGCAGAUCAGCUCAUUCUCAAGAAAACUCAGUGAGACCAAAGAUACAAUGGCUUCUGUUAGUGUGGAGGACAAACUGUAAUUUAUACACAUUACAGGGUGGAACUUUACGCUGAAGGACAUUGCAGGUUAAAGCUGUUAAUGACUGAGGCUAAUGAUGUGACUGUCUUUUAUAUGGACACAUCAAGUUGACAGCAGACAUGGAAAUAGCAAACAUCUGCAGGUUCUGACAUUGUAAGAAACAUCACAGCUAUGAAGAAGUGAACCCCAGAAUAAUGAGUGAACUCACAAUCAGGACAAAAUCAACACAAAAUAGUGCCUCACAUCCACCUACCUUAACACGCCCAAAAACCCUCCUGCCCCACCCACCCCUUUGUCCCCCUAAAGCCUCCUGCCCCACCCACCCCUUCUUCCCCAUAAACCCUCAGUCCCACCCACCCCAUCCUCCCCCUUGUUGUACUGCAUUGAAAGUGGUUCCCAUUUAAUUUAGCCCCCUAUGUAGUGCACUAGAAGCCAGAUAAGUUACUUAAGACACAAAAAUAUACAUAUAAAAACAUCUAAAUAUAUAAUCUGUAUAAAGGAUGCAAUGUUUCACUGUUUUCAUUUACAUUGUUUAAUGAUUUAUAACCUGAAUGUAUUUAGCAUGUCAUGUAUGCUAGCGUUUCAGGGACGCAAAGUUAUGCUAAAUCAUGCUAAUAUUUAUAAUGUUUAUAUUUAUAACGGUGGUUGUUCAUCGUUAAAAGCUGUGGUUAGAGCACAAUAAAGGCAUGUUAGAAAAAGAGUUAGAGGGACGAUGAGCUAGCUAAAUGAUCAUGUUGAUGCUCAGGUAAGAGAAGGAGUCAUAUGUUCGCUCGUUCAUUUGUUCACUCGUUCACACUGGCGUCUGACACUCCAGCUUCCUGUUUGGACAAUUUCUCGGGGCCUUGCAGUGCCUGGGGCCGCUAAGCAUAGAAGAAUGUUAGCAAUGUUACAAAAUUUCACAGAAUGCAUGACAUCACCAAUCACAGCUACACACACACACACACACACACACACACACACACACACACAGAUAAGACCUCUGAGUAAUAAUACUCUGUGUUUUAUGGACAGAUUUAUUGUUUUGAGCUGCUUUUCUUGGCUAAUCUGCUGGCAGGUUUUGUGUGUGUGUGUGUGUGUGUGUGUGUGUGUGAGUGUGUGUGUGUAUACAAGUUUUCUUUUAGUCCUGGUAUUAACCCUUUGUGGCAAAAGUUUGUGAAAGAACCACAUUGGAAUGAAGAUCAGGUUUCUAUGGUAUUAUAGUAAAGUGUAGAAAUAUGGGGAAAAAAUUAAAUAUAAAAAUACAUAAAAACAAACAAAAACAAAUAAACAUCUUUUUCUUUUAAAAUCUUUUAAAAAUGUUUUAUUUCUGAUCUCUUCAUUCCUAUACAUAUGUCUGAUAUACUGCACUGUUCCUGUUGUGUGUAAGACACAGUUAUUAACAAAGCCACAGACAAACAUGUGUUAGCUCAGAGGUCACGGUGUUGGACUGAUCAGAAGCUUGUGGAUCUGAACCCCUGCUGAGCCCCUGAGCAAGGCCCUUAAUGUUCAGUUACUCUGUUCUAUAAAAUGUAUGUUGCUCUGGAUAAGGGCAUCUCCUAAGUGCUAAACCACCUGAACCACCCCACCACUGCCUCCGUGUCCAGCUCCAAGUGUUUCAGCUCUGUGUGUUUUAGCUCUGAGUGUUUCAGUGUUUCAG